AGUCAAACAUAGCGCCCAGCAUUUGAGUCACCGUGAGGGGGAGAGAGCAAACAUAGGGAGGCAGAGAAGCAGGGAAAGAGAGGGGCACAGUAAAUCAGACACACAGAGUGAGAGGAAACAGGGAAAAUCAAAGACUAAGUGCAGCUCCGCUGUGGACUUGAUGAAUGCUCAUCUGGCUGGCUUAGGGUUGUCCUCACUCGCUCAGCUGUGAACGGGUUUCUGAGCAGAAUGGAUUUCAUUUUGGUUAAACAGCCACGGAGCAGCAGCUCUACAGAUGAUUACAACUGCACUUGGAUUAUUUCAGAAACUGCUGCUGUUGUGACAUAUAGGAAUGAGCGCGUGCAGAAAGGAAGAUGAACCUUGAUUCUUUGGAGGGCUCGAUCCAGAACCUGUUGUCCGUGCUGUAUCCGCCCUUCGAGGCCACUGCCCCCACUCUUCUAAGCCAGCUCUUCCUAACCAUUGAAAGCCGUUAUCAGGGGGACUCCCUACGGUGCCUGCUGGACUUUUUGGUCCCAGCUAAGCACAUCUUGGACACCGUGCAGCAGGCUGCAUGUGCUCCCUACUCUGAUGUUCUCUUCCUGUGUGAGGGCUGGCCUCUGUGUUUGGGUGACCAAGUUGUUGUCAACCUAGCUCCCAUCGACCCCCAGCAACUUCAGCCUGGUGACUUUUACCUGCAGGUGGCACCGUUUUGUGACCAAUCAGCUCGUAUUGUGGUCUGCAGCCUCCUGGAAGAGGAGGGGCUUAUAGCAGAGUUAGUUGAGGAGACCCCAAUCCCUGAGACUUCAUACCCUUGUAUAUUCAGCUGUGACUGGUUAGAGGACAUCAACCAGGGCCGACAUGGAACUCCUCUUAGCCAAUGCCUGCUGGCCACCGAGCAGGGCGUGGUGAGGUUACCAUGGGGACGGGUGGCUGUGCCUGAUUUUGUGGAUGUGCCAGUGUGUGCUGGGAGUAGCAUGGCCUCGGCUCCUCCGUCGCAUACUCCUUUAGCUCCCCUGCUUCCUCAUCCACCACCUGUUCCUCAUCCUGUUCCUUCUUCAAAUCUUUCUUUUCCUCUUUCUCCUUCAGAAGAGUCUGCACCCAAACAUUAUCCUAUAACCAUUAAGAAUCCUAUCUUAACCUCUCCUUCACAUCCCUUCUCUGUUGAGACAAGAAUAUGUCCAGCCAAGCACGGCAUUGCUGUGUCACUCUGCCUAGUGGACUCUAGGACUGCUUCUUCAUCAAGGCUGGUCAAAGUGCAAGAGGCCGAAACAGAGCCUAAGCUGAUUGGUCAGGUGUCCCCUAAUUCAUGGGACAACUGCUCAACGAAAGUAGAUCCAAAUAAAGCUACAAAAACAAGCACUGCUGCAGGUCCAAGCUCUCCGGCAAGUGUAGAUACAAAUGGGUGUAAAAGUGAAGAUAUAGGCAAAGAAAGAAAUAAAACUGCAAACAUAAAAGAUAUAGACAGGAGUGGACCAGUUGGUCAAGUUUCUGCAGAGGGGGAAUAUAUUGAUAUUCUGCAGGCAACUAUGCUUUUUAGCCAAGCUCAGAAGGUAAAAGAAGACAAACAGAAAUUAGAAAUGCAAAUGCAGUCAAAUGCACAAAUCAAACCACAAAUCCAAAGAUAUCCAUACAGAUACGCACAAAUUCAACCACAAACACAAAUGCAGUUGAACAGGCAGACGCAAAGACAGCCAAACACACAGAUACCAUCUCAAGCACAGUCACUGGCAAAUGUGAAUUUACAUUCAGAAUUGCAAAAAGGUCAUUGUAGAUCAGAGGCAGCUGUAUCAUUGAGGCCCAACAUGUCCACAGAAGAGCGACCUCCAUCUGGUCUCCAUCAUUCCCAAUCUAAUCACCCACACCCUGACACCCUAGAUAAUUCUCAGUGUGUCCGCACUGUCCGAUUCUCAGAGAAACCCUGCACCCCCUGCAUGAGGAGAAGACAGGGCGGAAAGGUGUCCCGAGCUCAGGAGCUGAGGUGUCGGUACAGGGAUUCCUACCAGGCUGCUAUACAAAACCCUGUUGCCUUUGGACAGGGGAAAGAGAGGGGGAGUAUGUUAGCUGUGAUGGAGGAGGAUGGUGAACUCUCAAAGUGCAAUGAAACACAGAGGCGUCCAGGGACUGAAACAGGGGGACCAUCGUGUAAUGUAAAAGGAAUGUGGUUUGAUCCUGAGAUGCAACAAAAAAAUGCUUCAUCUGUCAGUGGAGCGAUAUGUAAGGAGUCGGGAGAAAAAAACACUAUUCCAUAUUGGAAACCAGGAGAUUCAAACACUGCCCCCUGUAUGGAUUACAGAGAAACUAAUGUUUUACAAACUUUCGGGAUGCCUAAUCAGACAACUGAGAGGACCACUCUGCCAUUAAAGGAACCAAGGGACACAUAUUCUGCCCAAACUUAUGGCAACUUUCACAAUGUAAACUGGGCAAACUUAGCAGCAGGAAGAAGUUUAAACACUAAUAGAGAUCAAUCAAGCACAAAUAAUACUCAGCAGUCUGAUGUGAUCUCUGCAAAACACCACACUUUACCAAUAGGUCCAAGUCAAAUUGCAGAAAGUAACAUUAACCUAAAACCUCAGGAAAGGUUACAAAGCAGAAGCAAUUCCAUGGGAAUGAGUCCAAACUUUUCUAAUUCCCAAUCAGCACCACCGAACAGGGUAUCCAUGUCAGAUGGAAGAUGUUCAUCGCUCUCCACAGCUGUGGUGGACAUCUCAGAGAAGUGUGAGCUUGUCAUUGUUGAAGGUCAAAAAGUUCGGAGAAGAGAAGCUGCUGACUCCUGUGUAGAGAUCCCUCAGCUGCAUGUGGUGAAAUGUAAACACAGCACAGCCUUUCGACUGGUGUCACCUAAGAUCAGCAGGAGGAACAAGGUCAUGGCAGACGGUGCUCAGCAUGGCUGCAUGACCUCAACCAGUAUAAAUAGCCAUCAGACGGAGAAACCGUCACAGACAGAUGCACCUCUGGCAGCAGAGACUCCAAAGAUCUCACAGCCUGCUUCUGCUCGUCCCAGACCAGAUCACCUUCCCCUGGGAGCCCCUGACCCCAGAGCCCACCCCCUUUAUUUAGGAGUAGCUUCUCUUACAGGCGGCAGGGACAGGACAGGAAGGGUAAUUAUUGAACUCUUUGGAGACCACCAGGGAUGGAGAUCAGCUGUUACAAGCCAGGAGCUCUACAAGAUGCUGCUCUACUUCCACUCUAUCACCAGGACAGAAAUCAGAGAAGCUGGAAUGAUUCUCAUUUUUGAUGCAAGGAAGAUGAAUCCUCCACCACAACUGUACAAAGCCUUGAUGACACUUCAGGAGCAGACUCCCCAAGCUGUUAACAUUUUUGUGCUGCUUAUUGACAAGGACAGCAGACCUCAGCCAGAGCGGUGUCCUGGGAUCCAGACUGAAGUGGUGACAUCAAUGAAAGCCUUGUUCAAGCUGGUGGAGGUGAGUCAGCUGAGCCCCCGCCUGGACGGCACACUGUCUCACAGCCCCUGUGACUGGAUGGAGCUGCACAAGAAACUCUUCCCAUUUGUGUCUGAUCUGUAUGAGGCGUCCAGCCUCCUUCUGAGAGCCAUCAGUAAGUUAGAGGUGCCGCACAGGACGGACAGUGUGCAGACUGUACAGCAGUGCGUGAUGGACCAAAGGACUCUGAUGCGGGAUGUUCUGGAGGACAGCCGAUUGGUCAGCCUGCAAAGGGAGGGUGGGGCAAUGUUGGCGAGGCUGAGGAAGGAGAGUGACCUCAAGUACCCCGACUGCGAGGACCUCAGUGAUGCAGUGGACUCAGUGACUAGCUUAUACAACCAAGUGGAGGAGCAGGCUCAUGUGCUCGUGCAGAGGUCCAACUUCUCACUGGAGCACCUGGAGUAUCUGCUACAACUCAGAGAGAUGGAGGGACACUUCAUGCAGAUGCAACAGUGGUUAAAAGUAGAGGGAGAGCGACACCUGCUGGAAGCUGCAUCAGUGGAAGACUCUGGAGACAGAAUGGAGCAGAUCCUCAACAGCUUCACUGGUUUCCUUAUUGAAGCAAAUGACCGAAGGCAGCAUGCCAUGACUUUAGUGUCAGAGGCAGAGCGACUCCAGCAGAUUGGGUGCUCCUACCCAGAGACAGAGUUGUUCUGGUCUCUAGUCUGCAACUUCAAGUCAGGCCUGGAAGGCUUUCUCUGUAGGGCUGAGGCAUGCGGCAGGGAGCUGCAGAUCAUGGUCAACGUGUGUGAUUUUUGUGAGCAGGCUACAGCUCUGGCGAGUGAAUGCAUGGAGUACCUGGACCAGAGUCACUCAAGAAAUCACACCAUGAAAGACCUUGACGAAACUUCAUCGCCUGUCAAUCAAGCAAACACUCAGUCAAUACAACACCAAAACCAAGAGUCCGGACCAAGCUCAGCACACUUUUCCCCGUCUUAUACGCAUGCAGCACAUGGCUCAGGCCCAACAUCAGAAAAUGACGGCUCCAUCCUCCAGAUUUUCCAAGACAAGUUCCUACAGUUCAGCCCAGAGAGAUUUCAGGAGGUGAAGGCCCAGGCCAGCUCCCUGCAGGGCUCCAGGGGGAUGGGAGUAUGGAAUAUAGCCUGGCUCAGAUGUCAGGAGGCCAGGCAGCAGCUUCAGGAGAGGCUGCAGGAGGUGGACGAAGUUUUCCAUCAGCAACCAGAUUCCAGCAGCUGGAAUGAACAUCAUUAUAUUGAUGUGGUGAGCACUAAUGUCCAGACACUUCCCCCUGGUGGCCGGAAUCUGGUGGUACAAUCAACACCAGGGCCUGGACACCCGCAGUGGGAGGGCAUCAUAACAGGAGCAGUGGAUUUAGGGAAGAGAAGACCCAUUUUGGGCAGCAACAGCACUAAUUCAUCACCUUUAGCCUGCUGUAACAUCAAUGUCAAACCUGAGGAUAGCAGUGAUGCUGGAACCAGCCAGGGUUCAAAGACCACUCCACAGUCACCUCAGAGUAACAGGACAGCAAGGAGAACAGAAAGAGAGACGAGGAGGAGACAGGCGAGCAGAGCCAGGAGUGAGAGAGAUGCUGCUGCCCUGUCCCAGACCCACACCGUCGGAUGCCAGUGGUUUCCAUGGGGACUGGGUCUUGGAGUGAGAUCUGUGAGCCAGGACUCUUGCGCCACAAGGGCAGCAAAGGCAGAGUCUUCCACUCCUCCAGAGCAGCGGGUUCGAUCCCCGUCAUCCUGCUCCCACCACGGUCAGCCAUCUUGUCGGAUCCUUCAGGAAGCUCAGAAGUUCCAAAUCUCACGGCAUGGGAGCUUCUGCUCUGAAGACUCCUGCAUGAGCGACCGGGCCACUGCAGGGGAUGAUGGGACUUUAUGCUGCAAACACUCCAGCCUGCCUAUUGGGAGAUAUGAGGGGGUGUUUUGUUUGGCAAAUCCUCAGGAGAGUGCCAGCAAUGCCCUGAGGCUGCAGCGUGUCCUGGAGGAGCUGGUGUUCACAGAGAGGGAGUAUGUCCGCUCGCUUGGUUACAUCCUGACCCACUACCUCCCCCUGCUGGACAGACCAGACAUUCCCCAGGAACUCAGAGGGAAGCGAGGUAUCAUCUUUGGCAACCUUGAGAAGCUUUACGACUUCCACAGCCACUACUUCCUGCCGGAGCUGGAGGCCUGCCAGAUGGAGCCCGCCAUGGCGGCCCGCUGCUUCCUCAGACAUAGUGACAGUUUUGGCCUGUACGCUCUAUACAGCAAGAACAAACCUCAGUCAGAUGCCCUGAUCUUGCAUCGUCGCCAUGACAUCUUCAAGAAGAAGCAGCAGGAGCUUGGAGACAUGAUGGACCUGUCGUCCUACCUGCUGAGGCCCAUCCAGAGAAUCAGCAAAUACAGCCUCCUGCUGCAGGACAUGCUGGCCCUGGCUGGCUCAUACAGGCCAAAAGACAUGAUCAAGGACACACUGCACGCAACAAGUGUAUGUGCACAAAGUGUGUGUGGCCCUGGUGCAUUUAUGCCCGAUCUGACGAGCAGUGAGAGGAAGCGGGAGAAGGCUGAGAUCCAAGCAGCUGCAAACCUGGUUCGGUUUCAGAUGCGUCACGGCAAUGAUUUGCUCACCAUGGACGCCAUCCAAGAGUGUGAUGUAAAUCUACAAGAGCAGGGUCAGCUGGUUCGCCAAGACGAGUUCACGGUUCUCUUCAGGAAAAAGAAAUGUACCCGCCGUGUCUUUCUCUUUGAAGACCUCAUCCUCUUCAGCAAGACCAAGAAGACAGAUAUUGGCAACGAUGUGUAUGUCUACAAGCAAUCAUUCAAGACAAGCGACAUCGGGAUGACUCACAACUCAAGUUUGAGUGGUUUGUGUUUUGAGAUAUGGUUCCGCAGGAGGAAAAGGGACGACACCUACACCCUGAAGGCCUCCACCGUGGAGGUAAAGAAAGCAUGGACCACGGACCUGGAGAGGAUUCUGUGGGAUCAGGCCACUCACAAUCGAGAGAUGCGUUUGCAGGAGAGGGUGUUUAUGGGAAUGGGCCGCAAACCAUUCAUGGACAUUCAGCCCAGUGAUGCUGCUAUCUGUGACCGAGCCGUCAGCUGUGUCCUCCCCGGGAGAAUCCCUGUGGCCUGUUGUUCACACAGGGGCAUAGAAUAUCCACGGCCACACUCCAUUGGCUCGGGUAGCACCGCCUCAACCACCAUCAGCCAAUCAUCUUCCUCCUCUGGACGGGGCUCACUGCCCCCUGCUGGUUACCCUGGGAACCAGUCCCAAGGAGUGGAGUCAAGUCCUGCUGGCUGCUCCUCCCCUGAGGCCGUGACUGACAAUGAAGUGAACAAUCAUCAUCUCCAUCAGCAUCAUCUUUAUCGUAACUGUGAACAAUGGAAAACUCCUCAUCCUCUGGUGGAAAGCACUGGAUCAUCUGGAGAAUGCAUUGACCUCCUCAGCAGCUCAGAACACAGCCGCCUGUCUGCCAUUAGUGGAGAAGUAGUGGACGACUCCUCUUCCUUUCUCUCCCAGAGGUCUAAGCAGCACCCUCCACUUUGUCUGACCUCCAGUAUGAGUAAAAAUGGCUCACCAGCUGUAACAGGAAGAAAAACAGGUGUCACCCCUCUACCUCCACAUCUGGCUAAUGUUCAGAUACAGGGUGAUGAUAUCAUAAUUGGAAAAUCUACAGAAGUUUAACACUUUGUUUCCUGAUGAAGAUCAUAUGUCCACUGGAACUUCCCAGCCUUGUUGAAGAUCUUCAGACCAAUCAGACUGAGUAAGAAACCCUUGUCUUGUAACAAAGAAGAGAAGAGACAGCUACGUGGGUGAAAUGGUUAACAGCUAACAGAGUGAGAUAUGUACACCCAUCUGAGAAAGCACUUUUUUUUUUUUUUUUUGCAAUGAUGUGCAAUAUCUGAUGGGUUCACUUAAAUUAAGCCAAUCAACCAAACUAACUGGGUGUUUUUCCAGGUUUAACUGUCUCUCAGGUCAGAUUUAGCCCACAUGUUCUGAGUCUACGAGAUGUGCUGCAAUGAGAAACCAAUAGUUUUGGUCAAAGGAUACAUUUAAAUAAAUGUGUUUUGAUGUGUCAGCUUUUCUGUACAGCCUACGGUAUUUUUGAAGAAUAAUAGAUUAUAUUUACUACUGUCAUAGAAGUCAGUAACUAAAGUGGAACAAUCAUACCUGACCAGCGUCUGUAUUCAAGAGCAGAGAAACCACUUCAGUCCAGUGAUACAGAAUGCUUCUCUCUUUGUUUUACACUCAUUAUUAUUCAUUAGCUGUCAAAGUGUUGCUGAAGAAGCAGUUUUUUGAUUUUUUUUUUCAAACAGGACAACUUUGUUUUGGUUACAAGAUGACAUGGGAAACAUAAUGCAGACCAAUACACAGUUCAAGUCCAGAGCCUCCCGCUGGCCUUAAGCCCAGCACUAGCUAAACACUCAUUUAGCUCAGAUAACUAUAAAUGGAUAUCUGUGCCAAUAUGUUCAUCUAAAGCGUUUGAUGGCGUAGUCAAUAAUAAAUAUGGAUGUAUAUAGAAACAUACUUUUUUUCUCAGACACUGAAGGAUUCUCAAUCAUUUAUUUUUUUUUAACCAGUCUUUAGGCUUGAGUUGUCACUGUGUAAGUGUUUAUCUUUUCUAACUUUGUGACUGGAAACUGUUACAAUUGUGUUAUAUUUAAUAAUUUAUGAAAAGGGAGAGACCACUUGCUUGUAUGUUUUCACACUUGGAUUUGAAAAUAGUCCAACUCUUGCAUGUACUUUAUUGGUUGUACAGGCAAACACCACUAACUGUUAUUUAGGGUCGACUAAUGGUUCUCCACUUCUUAGUGUUCCAGCUUCUGCUCCUUUAUGACAAGCGAAGGAAGGUAUUUCUUUUCAUUUAUUUGAUCGAUGAGUUAUGCCAUUCUUGUCAUUCUUCUGUGAAUUUAUUGUCUGUGCAAACAGUGUUCAUGAUCUUGAAUGAUCUUGAGGUCAAAGGGUCAAUGUGUGUUAAAUGUACUUAAAAUCCACUCACUUUUAUGACACUACUUAUACAUUUGUUGUUUUGUGUGCUAUCAUCUUUUCUAUUGGUUACUUCCUUACCUUAUUAAUGUCUUUAUUUAUUCUGUUAUUUUCUUAUACAAAUACGGGGUCAAUGCCAUUGUUGUAGUCUUGAUUUUUUUCUUGAUUUCUUUCUUUCUUGCUUGCUUUCUUUCUGAAUAUUUCUUUUUCUUAUGGAGAUGUUUCACUUCAGUGUCCUUCCUCUGAACUCUGUGCAACCUUUGGAGAAUGACGAGACAGAUUGCAGUAACAUACAAACGUGGCAUCAGCCUGUGACGAUGUUUUACUUUAUUCCUCAGAAUGACAGCCAUUGACGAUGUUUACAUCAACACACUCUGUUUAUCUGUCCUUUAAGUUUAUUUAGAAAUGUAACAGUGAGUACAUACUCUGAUAAAAUGUCAUCAUAUGUGGAUUCUGUUCAACUUGUCAGUUCCUUGCAUCUGUUCAACAAAUAAGAAAAAAAAAAGUUCAUGACCUGUUGGCGAUAACUGACAUCCUAAAACUGAAGUGUCAUCAGUCUGAGCUGAAAGUGAGAAAUGUGUUUAGUAGCUUUUUGAAUACUUAGCAAAACAAGAAAAACGAAUAAAACUGUAUAGAUUGUUUGGAUUUUAUAAAUGUAAUAUAUCUACUCUAUAUGUCUGACUCAUUUCAAUAAAACAUUUUGUUACGAUUUAUAAAGUCAUACACCAAAUGUUAAAGCCAAAUAAUAAAUACAUAAUUUAUGAACACA